AUGGAUUUCGAGUUCGGUCGAGCGUUAAACAAGACGACGACGACGACCGCACGCGCGUCCGCGGAGUCCGCGAUCGACGCCAGACUCGAGGGCGAUGAUGAUGAGUCAGAAGACGACGCGUUUUACUCGUGGCGCGUGGGUGGGGCGAACGACUUGAAGAUCACGCACUUGCGGGACGUGUACAGGGGCGACGUCCCGCUCGUCGCCCAACCGAGUCCGUUUUGUACGACGACGGCGUGCCCGCUGAGCGGACCUCGAACGUCGGUCGAGUUCAAUUCAAACUUUGUGAGCAACAGCGAUCGGGUCUUGUUGAACUCGGUGGCCUUUGGAUCGUCCGCAGAUCCGACGCAGACGUGCUCGUUGUGGGCGGAGACGUUCGACCCAAACGGGUGUGACUACGUCCCGCAGUGGGUCGUCCGAGCCGGGCCGCGAUCGGAGGUAUACUUCGACUCAGACGAGGUACAUGCUGCGAUUGUAACCUGUGGGGGUCUGUGCCCGGGGAUCAACGAUGUGAUUCGAUCGCUCGUGAACACGUUGGAGGUCGGUUACGGAGUGAAGAAGAUCAGCGGCAUCCGCUACGGGUUCAAGGGCUUCUUCUCGGGCGUUGAGUUCAUGAAGCUGAAUAAAAAGACUGUGAGGAACAUUCACACCCUCGGUGGUUCUAUGCUUGGCUCCGGUCGAGGCGGUGGGGACGUGCAGAAGAUUGUGGAGUCCAUCAUCCAUCACGGAAUCAAUAUGGUUUUCGUCAUCGGCGGUAAUGGAACGCACGCAGGGGCAAAUGCCAUUAGCGACGAGUGCGCCAAGCGAGGCGUUAAAGUCUCCGUUGUGGGCGUGCCGAAGACGAUCGACAACGAUAUUUUACUCUUAGAUAAGACGUUCGGCUUCGAUACCGCGGUUGAGGAGGCACAAAAAGCAAUCUUAGCCGCGGCGACUGAGGCCCAGAGCGCGUACCGCGGCGUCGGCGUCGUCAAGCUCAUGGGACGUCAGAGUGGAUUCAUCACCAUGUUCGCCACUUUAGCAAACGGACAGGUCGACUGUUGUUUGAUCCCGGAGACGACUUGGGCUGCUCACGGACCGAACGGCGUGAUAAACUAUGUACGAAACCUUCUGGAUACUCAGGGACACGCCGUCGUCGUCCUCGCCGAGGGCGCCGGUCAAGAGUUCGUCACCUCUACCGGCGUCGACGCUGGUGGCAACCCCAAGCUCGGUGACAUCGGCCAGUGGUUCUGCAAGCAGCUCAAAUCCGAACUCAAGUGCGACAUCAAGUACAUCGAUCCCACCUACAUGGUUCGCGGCUGCCAGGCGAACGCCCACGACUCCAUCAUGUGCACCGUGCUCGGGCAAAACGCCGUGCACGGCGCCUUCGCUGGAUUCACCGGCAUCUCUGUCGGCACCGUCAGCGCCCACACCGCGUAUCUACCUAUCCCACGCAUGAUCGAGCACGAGCGCCUGGUCGACCCCGACGGCAGGAUGUGGCACAGAACGCUCGAGAGCACGGGCCAACCAGACUUCUUCUAA